GGAAGUAUAUUUUCUGCCAUUACACAGAACUGGAUAAAAAGGAAAGUUUCGAUUUCGAAAGAGUUAUUUUUCUGCAUAUUCCAAAGUUAAGAAAAAAAGUAUGUGCUAGAAAUUGGAUUAUAAUAUUAACUAGAUUGCAACAAGUGUACAUAUUUGGUUUAUCGUUACAUCAUGGCAGUAGAGCAACACUUUGAGUCCAUUGCCAAGCUAUUACAAAAUAUCAUUACAGGCCGGAAGGAAAGUACGGACUACUACAAACGUCUGUGCGAAAUAGAACACAUGAAAUUAAUAGAAAUUAAACAGAAAUUUGACGAGAAUGAAAAGCGUAUCAAAUCACUCGAGAGAAAGACUGAAAAUAUGUCAACAGGUGAAUUCGUCGCUGUGAAGACGGAUUCAACAACUUCAACCAUUCAUAAAACACGAGAUGGCGAACAUGUACAGGAAAACAAGCCAGUUGUUGCAAACAUAAUACAACUUGAAGAUGGAGAUGAUUCAAUAAAAUCGGAUGUUUUGAAGUCAAGUCUUAGUCAAGAAUGCGAUGAAUUGAAACGAAAAGUGAGUGACUUGGAACAGCAAAUUCAACGGUCUACCAAAUCAGCUUCCAAACAUGAACCCGAUUUAGUUAAAGAACAACAGUUGAAAGCGGAUAAGGAUGAACUUGAAAAGAAAUUGAACAGACUUGCUACCAUAAACAUGCGCUUGGAAGAAAAUCUCCAAAGGGAAAAGGAAGAAAAUAUCACAAGAAAUCGGCGGAUAGAUGAACUGACAAAUAGACUUUCUGCGCUCGCGGCUCAUCAGCUAACAAAGGACAACCCACAAAUUGCUGACUUGAGUGACCAAUGUCGACCAACAAAACUGGCCGAAGGGUUCAGCCAAAUUUAUGAUAAUAAGUGGACGGAUGUUUUUGAAAUAUUAGCCAAGAAAAAGAUAGCGGAACGUGACAUAGUCGACAUGCUUACUCAUACUAUAAAGCUAGCAGAUAUAUUCUGUGAAAAAGAAAAGACAGAGAUGACUGAGCGCAUCCUUGUUUACGUAACGGAUGAAAUCAAAAACUCGGAUAGAAGCGCCGAAAAAACCCGUCAACAGAAAUCCAGCCAUGCCAGUAAGUUGACAGACAGAACAGCGACAGAACUGGUUGCCGAGAGGUACGCCAAAGACCUGAUGAAAGCUCUCGCUAUGGAAUCAAGUCAGACGAUAGCACAGAUUUUCCGUGACGGUCCUAUGAAGGAAUUCGAAAGUAAGUAUAAACUUAAGGUCAAACCUGCUCAGCUUGAUACGUAUGCUUUCGAGGCAGCCAAACUUGUUUGGAUGAUGAAAGUCCAGCAGCCUCCCGUGGAAUUUCUUUGGGCAGAUCCAGGAAGUCGCUUCAACAAAGAGACAUUUAAAUUCUACACGAAAAUUGGGGAAAUUGUUGACCAAUGCAUUUGGCCAGCGGUUCUACUGCACAAAGGCGGACCAGUCAUGGUUCGCGGGAUCGCACAAGGAAAAUAACACUGAUAUCGUUAUUUUGUUGAUCUGAUAUAUAUCUUAUUAAAGACAUCAUAUAUUUAGUCAAAAUAAUACUUUUAAUUUCUGUGUACAAUAUUACUAUACAUCAUCUUUGUGGUGAACUCUGGAUUUGUUACUCUGGAUUUAUGUUCAUUUCAGGCUGUAUAUAUUAUCUUAGAUUUUGUAUGACUUGUAGCCUUGAAUAACUACAUGGAUAUGAUGUUAUGUGUGUAAAGCUAUAAUAGCCAAGACUAGCUAUGCCAUUUACAGGAUUUCUAUGUUUAAGUGAGGUUGUAUAUAAAUGUUUGAGAACAUGACGCUCUUUUCGGGUUUGUUUUUAGGAAGAGGACGUAUAUUUUCAACCGGUAGGCCACUUUUUAUUGACAUCAGCUCCAAACGAUUAUAGAAAGCAUUUCAAUUUCCAUCAAACAAUCAAUUUUCUAUUUUACAUUUUUGAUUAAAUAUGUUAAAUCUUAUUGAUGGCAUAAACAUUCUUAUAUUAAUGGCUGCAAGCUGAUACGUCAAUGUUUGUGUGUCUAUAUUUUAAACUUAGUGGAAAAAACACUAUGUUUUAUGUUCAAACAAGAAUCACUGAUUGUUUCCUUAGAUUUGUUUUUGAUAUGGUCAAUAAUUCAUGAAGCAUAGAGGUGAACAGAAAAAACAUUUAAUAUAAAACCCGAAAAUUAGUUGGCAAGUGUACAUUUUUAAACUUAAAAAAUGCGAUAACAAUGGUACAUGACAUGCCAGUUGUUAACAGUGUUUAUUCUUGGAAAUUGAUUUACAUGAUUUCAAAAUUGAUUUCCAAAAAGUAACAAACUUACCGUAUACAUAUUAUACUUGUAGAUGUGACUGCUUAAUUUUGUCUCAUAACGCAAUAACUGUUUGAAAUAACUGCCAUUUGAAUAUUGUCAAAUAGGACAUUACUUCUGGUCAAAAUAAUGCGGAAAUUGUAUAUGAGGACAAGGCAACAAUUCAAAAGCGUAGAACGUGAUUAGAACCUGCUUUAAUUUUUUCCCCAUGUUUCAUGUUCAAUAUCAAUGGUUUUAUGUGAAAAUAAAAUGAAAUCAAAACAA